UUGGUAUUAUUGUAUUAUGAAUCAGCUGGAUGGCUGGCUGUUGUUAUUGCGUGUAACAUAUCUGUUUAUUUUUAUGAAUGUGGCUUCCAAGAUGUGAACUAUUGGCUUUCAAUAACUCAUCAUUAGACUGGGUUUCGGAUAUAACUUAUUGAUCAGCAUGGUUCACAUACCAAGUACAUACACCUAUGACUUUUGGUUACGGGCUUCAACAGACCCGUCGGUAGAACUGAGCUGCCUGAUGCCAAAUGGAAUUUUCAUUCCUCUUGAAGUUAAGAAAAAUGCCACACUUCAAGAAAUUAAGGAGGAUCUCUGGGAGGAAGCCAGUAAAUAUCCUCUCCAUGGAAUGCUGCAUGACUCAUCCACAUAUGUGUUUGCUUGUAUCAAUUCUAUGGCAGAAAAUGAAGACCUACUUGAUGAAAGUAGGCACUUAUCAGACGUUCGACCAUUUUGCUCAGUCUUUCGUCUUAUUGAACGCAAAGGUGAUAAAGCUGAAAACACACUUAAUAUACAAAUAAGCCAUCUUAUAGGCAAAGGUCUUCAUGAGUUUGACUUGCUAAAGAAUCCAGAAGUGAAUGACUUUCGAUGGAAAAUGCGCCUUCUGGGUGAUGAAAUAGCAAGAGAGAGGCAAAACAAGUCAUGGCUUGAUAAGAUGUACUACCAGUUCCCACCACGACUUGCAGCCACUCCAGGACUUUCUCCUCUCAUCAGUUCCCGACUUCGUGAUGGCCAUUUUGUACUUGGUACAAAGUUUGAAAACACAGAGACAACCUUCACGUUCAAUGUUCACUAUACAAUGACACCACAUGAACUUCUUCGAACAAUCCUGAACAAGAAAUCUAUCACCCUCAACUCACGUGGUGAACAUCCUGCUGAUUUUGUUCUGAAAGUGUGUGGGCAAGAAGAAUAUUUGGUGGGAAAUUAUCCACUGACACAGUUCCAGUAUGUGCAGGACAUGCUGGCCAGGGAUGGUGUUCCAACAGUAGUUACUGUCUCUCUUAACAGUGUCCUAGUGGAUGUGGACAAUGUGUAUGAGAACCCAGAAGAUGAAAUUAAACAUACUCGCCCUUCACCAUCUACGCUAACAUCACGCAAGAAAGGGAAGCAUGUGUCUUCAUGGACCAUAAAUGAAGAAUUUACGUUUAGAAUUACAGCAAUCUGCAGACUUAACUGUGAUGUCAAUCGAUCUGUUGAGGUUGGUGUUCAGGCAGGUUUGUUUCAUGGUGGAAAGUCUCUGUGUGAAACACAGAAGACAACAGAGAAACAGGUAUCAAAAGAAGGGAGUUGUGAAUGGGAGGAAGAUUUGACAUUUGAUCUACAGGUGUGUAACAUCCCACGCAUGGCUCGUCUCUGCCUAGUGGUGUAUGAGAUCUCCAAAACUGCCAAAGGUGUCAAAUCAAGAAAAGUGAAAGACUUAAAACAGGAGUUAUACAUUAAUCCAUUGGCAUGGGUGAACACUACAGUUUAUGAUUUUAAGAAUCAGUUGAAGACUGGUGCUAUGACUCUGUACAUGUGGACAUAUGCAGAGGAUGUUCAGACUGAAGAUAUUCUGCAUCCCUUAGGAACUGUGGUUUCUAAUCCUAAUGUGGAGCAUGCUACUGCCCUCACACUCACAUUCCACAGGUACCAUGCAGAACGUACAGUGAUGUACCCUUCACCAUUACUGGAAAAUGCAGCUAGUCAGAAUUCAGGAUAUGAUGUGCCAGGAACACCACUUGGUCAGACGAAGAGUCAUCUAGAGUUCCUGCGUCAGAUUGCAGAACGGGAUCCUCUGCAUGAGAUGCAUGACCAAGAGCGCAAAAUAAUUUGGAGUCUUCGCUAUGAAUGUCUCCAUCAUGUGCCCCACCUACUCCCUAAACUGUUGGACUGUGUAGAAUGGAAUGAUCACACAGAGGUGUCCGAGGUAACAGCUCUCCUUCAGCAGUGGCCUAAACUCCCUGUUGAGAAGGCGCUUGAGUUACUGGAUUAUGCUUAUGCUGACCAAGCUGUCAGAAGCUUUGCAGUGCAAUGUCUGAAAGAUGUCAGUGAUGAAGACCUGUCUCUCUACUUGCUGCAGCUUGUUCAGGCUCUGAAGCAUGAGUCAUAUUUAUUUUGUGAUUUGGUUGAAUUCCUUUUAAGGAGAGCACUUAGCAACCAAAAAAUUGGACACUAUCUUUUCUGGCAUCUCAGAUCAGAAAUGCAAGUGGCAUCUGUGUCUGUAAGAUUUGGGCUGAUCUUGGAGGCAUACUGUCGUGGUAGUCAAGAGCACAUGAAAGUGCUAGCAAAGCAGAUCGAGUCCCUCGAUAAGCUGAAAACAACAAGUGAGAUGGUUCGGCAGCGAAAAGACAAAGAUAAGGCUCGGAGUUUCAUGCAAGAGUUCCUUGAUCAGAAGCAUAUAGCAGAGUCCAUAUUUAGGGUGCUGAGUCCUCUAGAUCCAAGCUACCGUUGUAAAAGACUCAAAGUGGAUAAGUGCAAGGUGAUGGAUAGUAAGAUGCGCCCUCUCUGGAUUGUAUUUGAAAAUGAUGAUCCCUAUGGAGAUGACGUUUACAUUAUUUUCAAGAAUGGUGAUGACUUGCGACAGGAUAUGCUAACACUUCAGAUGAUACGCAUCAUGGAUAAGUUGUGGAAAAAAGAGGGUCUUGAUUUAAGGAUGAAUCCUUAUGGCUGCAUCUCAACAGAACACCGGGUGGGUUUAAUUGAAGUAGUGCUGAAUGCAGAAACUAUUGCCAACAUUCAGAAAGAAAAGGGAAUGUUUUCUGCCACUUCUGCAUUUAGAAAAGGCUCCUUGCUAGCCUGGCUGAAGGAUAACAACCAGUCAGAGGUGUUGCUGAACAAGGCCAUUGAUGAAUUCACCAUGUCUUGUGCCGGAUACUGUGUUGCCACAUACGUUCUUGGUGUUGCUGAUAGACAUUCAGAUAACAUCAUGGUGAAGAAAACUGGACAGUUGUUUCAUAUUGAUUUUGGUCAUAUCCUGGGUCAUUUCAAAGAAAAGUUUGGUUUUCGCCGAGAGCGUGUCCCAUUUGUACUCACACAUGACUUUGUGCAUGUGAUCAACAAGGGACAAACAAAGAAGGAGGCCCUUGAGUUCCAGGUCUUCCAGAAGUAUUGUGAGCAAGCAUUCUUGAUUCUCCGGCAACACGGUAGUCUCAUCAUCUCACUUUUUGCGAUGAUGAUCUCCACAGGCCUACCUGAGCUCAGCUCCGAGAAGGACCUCAACUACCUGCGAGAUACUUUAGUGAUGGAGAAGUCAGAACAGGAUGCCCUAACCCAUUUCCGGUCCAAGUUUGAUGAAGCCCUCUGUAACUCUUGGAAAACUUCACUCAACUGGGCAUCCCAUAACAUGGCCAAGAACAACAAGCAAUAAUUGAAUAAACAUUAACUGGUGUUGAACAAAUUGCAAUCAGUAUUGUUCGUGUAACAAGAUUAAGUGGAAUGUGUUGGCAGAUGUAUAGAGAGGAGUUGGCUGCAGGUUGCUGGGUCGUGGGUGAUUACGAUUGUGGGAAAGAAAUAAUGUCUGGUGAAGAGAGAUGCCAGUUGUACAAGAUGCUAACAUAUUAUGACAAAGAAACAAGCAGAAAUUUAAUUUAUAUAAAAAUUAAUCAUAAAAUAAAGGUCUGUGAUGCUGACACAUGACAAGGACUUGGUUUCAUCACCAUCUGCUGUAACAGCGAGCGACUACUGACACACAGCUGUAUGAAGCAGAAAUGCAGGCAUGGCCUAUUGUGCAACAAGGAGAGACUACUGCUCAUAUUACAGCUCACCUGAGGACGCAAGAGGAUGCUGAGCAGCUAGUCCUACAUUAUGUUGGAUUAUAGAUAGAAGCAUGUGCAUGUUGCGCCUUUGUGUGAGAGAUGCGUGUUUGGAAUAAAACAUUAUGCAGGAAGAACUUUAUUAUGCUUGUAGUAAGCUAUCUCAACAGCAGACAUUUAUGUAUAGUUAAUUUGUUCCUUCUGCAGAAUUUUGGUAUGAAAUCUAGAGUCCAUUAAUUCUGAUCAUCGCCUAUUUCUUGUUGCAGGCCAUGGAUUUUAUUAAGAAAGUUGUCUGAUUAGGAACUUUAAUUUUUGUCUGAAAUUUUUUGAUUUACACUAUAAAUGUAUCUGAUAAUGAACUUUGUUCAAAUCUCACUAAUUUUGUGGUACAUUGGAACUUGAUGUUUCAUUCGGCCAGCAUAGUGUGAUGAGAGGAUAUUAAGAGUUUUGAUUAAAAUAUUACCAUGGUAAUAGUUGUGUCACAGGAUAAGAGAAUUUUUUAUGGAGACUGGAAUAAGAGAAACUUGUGUGUUCUUUCUUGCUUUUUUGGUUAAUGCGAAGAUAGAUUUACAUGCACUUGAAGCAUUGUGGUACACUAUCAACUUGAAGCAUGUUAAGUUAAGUUAAGUUGUUGUACAGUUGGCAGAGAUGAAGAUGAUAACCAAGUAAGAAACUUUCUGGUGUCUGUAUAAUUGUGACUAGUUGGUAACUGGAAUAUGUUAGAGAAAUGCAUAGACUAUUCCUAGUGACAGUGCCUUCAGAAAUAUGUGAACACCAUAUUUUUAGGGAGAAUGCCUUGAAAAAUACAUUCUCAAUUGGAAGGUUUAAAAAAUACGGAAACGUAGGUAGUAUGUAGCAGUAGGUGUGUAUUGAAUUGUCAGGUAAAUAUUUUUCUUGCUGAAGGAAAGUCAAAGAAUGUGUGGUGAUUGUGAUUGUUGAGUCUGCAGACGGAGCUGGCUUUGGCUCAUAUUGAGAUUGCUUUUUUGAAAACUGCAGAAAAUACCAGUUGUAGUUGUAGCAGUAACUGUUCAUCCUCUUUGUGGACCAGCAUUAAAGCCAAAGACCGACGCAGAAUCAAAAGUCUUUCCUCCGUAAAUGAUCAUGUGAAUGUGAAUGUAAAACUGACCAAGAAGUUUGAGCCUCUAAGUAUGGAGCCAAAAAUUGUUGCUCAGUUGAAGAAAGAUGAGAAUCCUAAACCUAAAAAUAAAAAAUAUAAGGUUCUGCUUCUAGGCAGUAGCCAUGGUAGAGGGUUGAGUGACUGGCUUCACGCAGUCCUGGGGUCUGAGUAUGCUGUCACCAGUAUAUUCAAACCAAAUGCUGAACUUCACAAUGUUGCCAAAGACCUGAAAGCACUCAGUAAAGAUAUGACUAAGGAUGAUCAUGUAACAAUAUAGUGGAUGGAC